GGAGAAAUUCUGACAACUCCAAAUGGGGUGAAUAGGAAAAUUUAUUUAUUGAUUCACUUUAAAUUAAACAAAAAUUAAACAAAUAAAAUGAUAUAAAGGCAAAAAAAAAAGAAUUUUGCAUAUUUUUUAGCUUUUUGAAAAGAACAAAAGUCAGCAGGAAUUAAAUAAAAAUUCUAAUUGUGAACCUAUUCACCCUAUUUGACUGUAAAAAUUUUGGCGCCUUUUUCCCAACAACACAGCUGAUAAAGCAUUUCUAUAUUUUUGUGUUUUUCCCCUGAAAAAAGUGAAAAAUCUCCUGAAUUUCUUACAAAUCAUCCAAGAAUAGUCUACAAACUCAAAGAUGAGCGAUUCUGGAGGAAUGGAACCACGUCCAAAGCGACAGAAGAUUGAUAAAUUGGGCAAAUUAGCGGCAUUCCAGCGUCUUCGGGAAGCUAAAUCAUCCGGCGUGAAGAACAAGUACGAGAUCAAGGAUGUGGAUAAUGUGUACGAGACCGUAGAUGAGCGCGAGUACUCCAAAAGGGUCCAAUCGCGUGCUGCUGAAGAUUGGAUUGAUGACGAUGACGGUGAGUACGUUGAGGAUGGUCGGGAGAUAUUUGAUGAUGAAGACUCCGAUGGGGAGAGUGCUGCUGCUUCCAAGAGCAAGAAAGCAGCAAAAAAGCGUGGGCGGGAGAGUGGAAAAACCGCCAAAGGGAAGGGUUCAAUAAAGAAUCUCUUUAGCAAUGCCGUUCCCAAGAAGAGUCAUACAGCAACUCUUGGGGAUGAUAGUAUCCUGUCUGAGAUUCUGGGAGAAAUUGAUGGGUCAAAGAAAGAUGCUACAGAGACGACGGUAUCAAGUGCAGUGAAGAAGCUUCCAGUGACGAAGCAAUCGGAGAAAGAUGCAGCCCUCACGAAGGAAUACAUGCGGAGUUUCAAUAGUAAAAUCAAGAGGAAGGAACCCCCAAAAGAGGAUGCAGAUGGAAGUGAUGAUGAGCUGCUGGAUAGGAUUGUUAAACAAACAAUGGAAAAGAAGAGUAAUGUGGUGGAGCAAAAGGAAGCACCUAAAGCAAUAUUCGUCGAACCCAAGCCAAUACAAAAGGAAAAGAAAAUCACAGAAGCACCUGUAAUUGAGAAGGGAGACAAGGAAAAUGAGCCUGAGAAACAAAAUGAAGCGAAUAAAGAUGAAAAUUUGGCUGCUCUCCUGGAGGAUAGUGAAGAUUUUGCGCUGGCCCUUGUAGAUGAACAAACUCCUUCGCGUAAUUCAGCCAAAGAGAAAAUCCAGGCAAUGGCCUCAGAUAAGAUUACCAUGAAUUGGGAAGCAGUCAUGCAAAUGAAUGAUGACAAUGACAUUGAUUUCACUGCAUUUGAAAAGGCUGAUCCUGAGAAUUCAGCAACGAAUGAUGAAUCUGAGAAGAAGAUUUGGUUCUGGGAUGCCUGGGAGGAUCCUAUGAAGCGUCCUGGGCAACUUUUCCUUUUUGGACGCAUUGCUGCGGAUAAAUCGAAUGAAAAUUUCAAAUCCAUAACUGUUCACAUACAGAGCGUGGACAGAAAGCUCUACCUCCUCCCACGGCAGUACCUCUUGGACAAGAUGACUCGAGAGGAGACGCGGGAAAGGGUGACCCUUGGCCAUGUUGCGCAGGAACUCGAUGAGAUUCUCACACAAUUGGGCGUACAGUCCUACAAGACGAAGGAAGUGAUGAAAAACUUUGCUUUCACCAUAAAAGGUGUUCGUAUCCCGGAAUCCUCGCAGUGCAUUGAAGUUCGCUACAGUGGUCACCUCAAAGUGCCACAGAAUGCACCCAGGAAGUACCUCUCAAUUGCCCACAUCUUCGGUACAACCACAACACCAUUGGAGACUUUUCUUCUCGACACCAAGAUCAAGGGACCUUGCUGGCUGACGGUAAAGAACUUUCAAACUCGCUCACUUCCUCUAACGUGGAGCCGCAUGGAGAUUGUUGUUCCCACCAGUAGGGCUGUCUGUGUGGCUCCGGAAGAGAAUAAAAAUCCCCCACCAGUCUCCCUUAUUGUCCUCAAUGUAAGAUCCAGCUUGAAUGUGAAAACAACCAAGAAUGAGAUUGUAAUGAUCUCAUGCCUGAUUCAGGAUAAAUUUCCCCUCGAUCGUGCCCCUCCUACGACCCCAUUCAAUCGUCAUUUUUGCGGCUUAACUCAUCCAACGCAACAGGGCUGGCCGAUGGACUUUGGGACAAAAUUCAAGGGCUACACCAAGGCUAAGGCGAAGAAAUUCGAAUCUGAACGUGAACUCCUCAAUUGGUUCCUGGCUAUUUAUCAAAACACCGAUCCUGAUCUCAUUGUAACGCACGAUGCAGCCGAUUGUCAGCUUGAUGUGAUCUUUGAUCGUGUUAUUGGCCUAAAAUUGCAAAAUUGGUCACGAAUUGGUCGUCUCAGAAGGACAGCGGUGGACAGCAAGCGCUACCAGGACUACUUUACCGGCCGAAUGAUUUGCGAUGUGAAGAAAUCCGCGGAAGAAUUCAUAAAAUGCCGCAGCUAUGACCUGGCGACGCUCUGUACGGAGGUACUAAAGAUUCAGGAAGAUGAUCGCAUUGAGAUCUCCAAUGAUGACAUUCACUUUAUGUAUGAGUCCAGUGAGGAAAUUCUCAAACUCAUCACACUCACCGUGCAGGAUGCUCUGUAUGUUCUUCGCCUCAUGUGCGAAUUGAAUGUUCUCCCGUUGGCACUGCAGAUCACAAAUGUCUGCGGGAAUAUGAUGGCACGAACGCUUCAGGGUGGACGAUCGGAGAGGAAUGAGUACCUCCUGCUGCAUGCCUUCAAUAAGAGAGACUACAUUGUGCCAUCGAAGAAGGAGAGAUUCAUCGGGAAAGAAUGGGAGAAAGUAGAUGCCGCCGCCGAGGGGGGCCAAACGCGCAAGAAAGCCGCCUACACAGGUGGGCUUGUUCUUGAUCCCAUAAAGGGAUUCUAUGAGAAAUGUAUUGUCCUGAUGGACUUCAAUUCGCUCUACCCGAGCAUUAUACAAGAAUUCAACAUUUGCUACACCACCAUCGAUGAGCCAGAACAUGUGGAGGACAAUAUUCAACUUCCGGAUUCAACAGUUGAGCAGGGUGUGCUUCCAAGUCAAAUUCGUGGGCUUGUGGAGAGUCGACGCGUCGUUAAGGGUCUUCUGGCGGAGCCAAAUUUGAAUGCAGAGCUAAAGAUGCAGUACGACAUACGACAGAGAGCUCUCAAAUUGACUGCUAACUCCAUGUACGGAUGCUUGGGCUUCAGCCAUUCGCGUUUCUACGCCCCACACUUGGCAGCCCUGAUUACACGAAAGGGGCGCGAUAUCUUGAUGAAUACCAAAAAUCUCGCAACGAAACUCAAUCUGGAAGUUAUCUACGGAGACACAGACAGUAUCAUGGUUAAUUCCAACUGUGUGGAUUACGAUGAAGCCCAGAAGAUUGGGAAUACCAUCAAGCAGAAGGUUAACAAAAUGUACAAACAUGUUGAGCUGGACAUUGAUGGGGUGUUCAAAUCCCUUCUGUUGCUGAAGAAGAAGAAGUACGCUGCGAAGAUUGUCAGCAAGGGGCCAAAUGGUCAACUUAAGUACAGCCUUGAGCUCAAAGGAUUGGAUAUUGUGCGACGGGAUUGGUCAAAAAUUUCCGUUAUGGUGGGUCAUUCAAUCAUUGAUGACAUCUUCAGUGAUGCCGAUGCAGAUGAGAAGAUUGAGAAGAUCCACGAUCGCCUGGAGAGUAUCAGGCGGGACAUUUACGAAGGGAAGGUGCCUCUGCCGCUCUUUGUGAUCACCAAAAAGCUCACUCGACCACCGAAAGAGUAUGCAAACAAUUCAAAUUUGCCCCAUGUGAUUGUGGCCACAAGGAUGAAUGCUACACAGGGGCGAAGGUUCAAGAAAGGGGACACCGUGAGCUAUGUCAUUUGCCAGGAUGGCACGGACAGGGCACAAAUGCAGCGAGCUUAUCACCUCGAUGAGAUGCAUCUGAAUGCGGAACUCAAGAUCGAUGCUGACUACUACAUUUCGCAGCAAAUCUUCCCGGUUAUUUCACGCAUCUGUGAACCCCUCGAUGGCACCAACAUCUCCCGAUUGGCACAAUGCUUGGGGCUGGAUGCUAAGAAGUACAAGAGUCUGGAGGAGAAAGUUGAUCGCGAGGAUGAGCUGAAUGACGAUGUGAACACCCUGAUGAAGAGCAGUGCUCAGAAGUAUCAUUUCUGUGAGAAAUUCACCUUCAAAUGUGUCUCGUGUCAUCAUGAGAAUCCCAUGGCAGCUGCUGUGAAGCGUGUGGAUGCCAAUCUCGUGCCUGUUCUUGCUGUUUGUGCAAAUCCCGAAUGCAAAAUCCCUCCAUACGAAUAUCUAGCUGGCAUUCAAAAUCAACUAAUCCUCAAGAUUCGUUCCUUCAUCAAUCGCUACUACGCCAAUUGGCUCGUGUGCGAUGACAAUACUUGCUCCCACAACACACGAAUCCUCACGCAUGUCAUCUCCAGCAAUGAUCGUCCCAUGUGCUAUGCCUGCCGGAAAGGAAGUCUCGUGCGACAGUACACAGAGACUGAUCUCUACACGCAAAUUCGCUACUUUCAGUACAUCUUUGACCUCACACAGCCUCAAUAUAAGAAAAUGAAGAUCACACCUCAAGUGGAAGAUGCCUAUCGUUUGCUCAAGGAGACAAUCGAUCGAUUGCUGAGUAAAUCAGCGUAUUGUAUUGUCAAUUUGGCAACAAUCUUUGGGAAACUCCACCCCACAAAGACCUCAGAUGAUCAUCAAUAAGUGCUCACACAAUUGAAUUGAAUUUCCGCAAAGAUUUUUUUCUUAAUAACUUUUACUUUUUGUAUUUCAUUCAAAUAAAAUUAAAUAAUUUUGUGUCUUUUCUUGUAAUUAAAAUAAAAGAGAAAAUAUGAAGUAUUUCAAAAA